AUGGCGAUCCUGUACGCUCUGGUGGCCAGGGGUACGACGGUGUUGGCGGAGUUCAGCGCCGUGACUGGUAACGCCGGGGCCAUUGUCCGCCGGAUUCUCGAGAAGUUGCCGGCAGAGGCGGGAUCCAGGCUCUGCUUCUCUCAAGAUGGCUACAUCUUCCAUAUUCUCAGAUCCGACUCUCUCACCUUUCUCUGUAUGGCCAAUGAUACAUUAGGAAGAAGAAUCCCAUUUUCAUACUUGGAAGACAUUCAGAUGAGGUUCAUGAAAAAUUAUGGUAGAGUGGCACCAUAUGCUCCUGCUUAUGGAAUGAAUGAUGAAUUCUCAAGGGUCUUGCAUCAGCAAAUGGAGUUUUUCUCGAGCAAUUCCAGUGCAGAUACGCUCAAACGUGUUAGGGGUGAAGUUAGUGAGGUACGCACCAUUAUGGUGGACAACAUUGAGAAGAUAUUAGAUAGAGGUGAGCGGAUUGAGCUUCUUGUCGACAAAACUUCUACGAUACAAGAUAGUUCCUUCCAUUUUAGGAAACAAUCGAAGAGACUUCAAACAGCUCUUUGGUUGAAAAAUAUGGAACUCCUGGCUUUGCUGACAUUCUUGGCAUUUCUAUUCCUGUACACAAUUAUCGCGAUCUGUUGCGGAGGGGUCACUUUAUCAGCCUGCAGAUACUGA